UGCACUACAUGUCGUUUGUUAUUUGGUAAAGAAAACAAAAUAAUAGGAAAACUAUUGAGAAGAACUGGGAGAGAGGCGAGUGAGGGAGAUGACGAUAGACGACGAGAGCUCCGUCUACGUUGGAGGCCUUCCGUACGACGCCACCGAGGAUAGAGUUCGCAGAGUUUUUGAGUUGUACGGUUCCGUCAUUGCCGUUAAGAUUAUCAAUGAUGCUUCGACCAGAGGAAAAUGCUAUGGCUUUGUUACUUUCAGGAACCCUCGGUCUGCAAUUCAUGCCAUCAAUGAGAUGGAUGGCAGGACUGUUGAUGGAAGAGUUAUCAGAGUAAAUGAAGUGAGGACUAGAGGUGGAAGAUUGGGUUUUGGUAGAGACAGAGAAGGUUUUGGACGGAAUGUUGAGAGGGGCAGGAACUGGGAUAGAGAUAGAGAUCAUGAGAGGGAGUAUGAUCAUGAUAGAGACCGGUAUAAGGAUCGAUACAGUGAUCGGUCGAGAGAGCACAGUGAUCGAUCAAGAGAACGUGACCGUGGCCGGUCCCUUGGGGUUGAUCAAGAAAGGGAUAGAGGGUAUGACCGUGAACGUGAUUAUGAUUUCUUGGAUAGAGACCGUCAUCAAGACAGAGAUUUGGAAGAUGCCGAGCAAGGACAGAGCAGGAACCAUGAUCAGGGUUGGGAAAGAGAUCGAGCAUUGGACUCUGACAGAGAUAGGGAGAUGGAAAAAAACAAAAAUCAUACUACUAUAGCUGCCAAGGAUAGAGAUCAACAUUCAAGGAGAAGGAACAGUUCAAAUUCUGUUGACCGACAAAGUAGGGACCUGUUAUCCCAUCCCAGUGAUGAUUACGAUGAUCAGGUAAAAGAACAGCUCGAGAGAUCCAUGCGAAGGCUUGAAGAAAUAAAAAAGGAGACUAUUCAGAUGGAGGAGAGUUUGAAAGAGAAAGGAAAACUAGUUUUGGAUUUGCAGAAGAAAUCUAAGAAAUUGGAGGAUGCAUUGAUAAAUGCAAAGAAGAACUCUUCACACAAUAAGAUGAAAUUAACCAAGCUACAUAAAUCCUUUAUGCAAGUAAAAGAUUACACUGAAAAACUUAAAAGCUGUGAACACGAACUUCAGUCGCUCGUUGAUACAGAAAUGUUGGAAGAUGAGGUUGACUUAAGGGACGGAAUCUUGACAAUUGGCAAUACAUGAUGUCAUGUUGAACCUCGAAAGAAGGAGUGAUCUGUAAUAGAACUUAACGUAUACUGUAUAUUGUUUUGAGGUGGGGGAUUUGAAGCUUUUGUAGAUAUUUACUCCAAAGUCAGCUGAGAAACAGCUUAUUUUAUCUGAGAUGUAUUAUAUUCUACAUCAUGUUUUCUGGUGUGCACUUUAGCGCCGACGAUGAGAAGACGGUGAUGGCAAUGCUAACAUGUAACCCUCUUCCUCUUC